AUGCCUACCUCGAACGAAUACGGCCCGGACUCCCAGGGCUCCGUCGUUAUCGGCGUUGCCCUGGCCUUUGCCAUCAUAACAUUUAUUGUGAUUGUACUGCGGUUGUUUGCGCGGAUUUAUGUCCUGCGGCAGAUGGGCUUCGAUGAUUAUCUCAUCAUAGGUGCUUGUUUGUUCUCGUGGGCGUUCAGUGCUGUGACCAUUGUCGCCGUUCGGCAUGGGUUGGGAUCUCAUAUAGACAAUGUCCCCUUGACGGGGAUGGAGACGUAUGCUUUUAAUGUCUGGCUUAGCUCCAUGUUCUAUCUCGCCUCGAUCGGCUUCAUCAAGACCUCUGUGUGCUGGUUCUACACCCGACUGGGAGCCCGCUAUCUCACACGCUUGGCCUAUAUCAUGAUGGUUAUCGUGGCCUGCCAGGCCACCUCGUUUGUCCUCGUGGCAGCCUUCCAAUGCAAUCCGAUUCCCAAGGCUUGGAAGGGGGAGGCCAUUGGGGGCAAAUGCGUCACGAUCAACGUCUUCUACCUCGCUAACGCGGCCCUGAACAUCUUCACGGACGUGCUGACCUACACCCUACCCAUCAAAGUCGUCUUCGAGCUGCAGGUGCCCAAGAAGCAGAAGAUGGUGCUGGGAUUCAUCCUCAGUCUGGGUCUCUUUGCCUGUAUCUCCUCGAUCAUCCGCAUCACCUACAUCCCCACCAUGUUGACCUCCAAGGACGCCACGUGGGCCAUCACGGGCGCCAUGUACUGGUCCGUGAUCGAGAUCAACAUUGGCAUCCUCGCAGCGUCCAUUCCCUCUUUCAAGGCGAUCGCCUCGCGCUUCCUGCCUCGCCUCAUCGGCGAAUACACCUCCAACCGCAAGUACGCGACCUUCUCGGACGAUCCGCGGAAGUACGGCACGGGCUUCUCGCGAGUGCAAGACGACGGCAUGGUCAUGGGGGGGAUGGGCAAGGGCUACAACGACACGGCCAUGGGCACGCAGAUCGGACGCACGACGUCCGAGGAUCGCAUCUUCGUGCCCGAGGGCCGCAUCUACGCCAAGACGCAGAUCGAAACCAACGUCGAGGAGAGUCGCGAUUAUACCGGCCGAUCGUCAUCGCUGGAGCGACAUUAA